AUGCUGUGGGGUUUCCUCCCCUCCCCUUCUGGGGGCAGGAAGAAGUCUCCAUCUAAUGCUGUGGGGUUUCCUCCCCUCCCCUUCUGGGGGCAGGAAGAAGCAGAGCAGCAGCAACCAGCAGCAGCAGCAGCAGCAGCAGCAGGAGCAGCAGCAGCAACACCAGCGGAGGGGCCCCCAGAGGGGGCCCCCGGGGGGGCCCCCAGGGGGCCCCUCAGCUUCGAUGAUGUGCUGCGGUUUGCUGUACCCUUUGUGAAGGGGGGAGAGGAGACACAGGAGCCGAGCAGCAGCAGCAGCAGCGCAGCAGCAGCAGCAACAGCAGCAGCAGCAGCAGCAGCAGAAGCUGAUACAGCAGCAGCAGGAGCAGCAGUUCCUUCUGGUCUUGCGGGUAUGGCCUCUAUAACAUCUCCCAGCAGCAGCAGCAACAGCAGCAGCAGCAGCAGCUGCAGCAGCAGCUCUGACGGUGGUUCUUCUCCCGCAGCAGCAGCAGCAGCAGCAGCAGCAGCAGCAGCAGCAGCAGCAGGAGGAGAUGACACCGUUGCUGUUUUGUCUUUAUUUACUUCUCCUCGUUUUUAUUCUAAGACAAAAACUAACUUGCUGCUGCAGCAGCAGCAGCAGCAGCAGCAGCAGCAGCAGAUGCUGCUGCAGCAGCAGCAGCAGCAGCAGCAGCAGCAGCAGCAGCAGAUGCUGCUGCAGCAGCAGCAGCAACAGCAGCAAGAUACACAAAGAUAUGCCACACACUAUCUCAUCAAACACAAACCACAAAUACUCUAUGCAUCUCCUGCUGCUGCUGCUGCUGCUGCUGCUGCUCCUGCUGCUGCUCCUGCUGCUGCUGCAGCAGGAGCAGCAAAUAACAAUAGUAACAAACUCCUGCUGCUGCUCCUGCUGCUGCUGCAGCAGGAGCAGCAAAUAACAAUAGUAACAAACAAAUACAGGAAGGGAGGAAUCAGGAGAGGGGGCCCCCUGGGGGGCCCCCAGAGGGGCCCCUUCAGUUGUAUACACCCUAUCAACGGCAGACAAACAGCAGCAGCAGCAGCAGCAGCAGCAGAAGCAGGAUCAGCAGCAGCAGCAGCAGCAGCAAUGUAA